AAGAAAUUGCGUUCACUUCAUUAAAAUUACUUCGAAAUUACUUUUGUUGAAACGUUUUACCAAAACAAUUUGAAUAUGCAUCUAUUAAUUUUGAUGGCAGUGCUUUCCAUGUCACCUGCAGCUGCAGCUAUUAUUUCCUCAAAUGAUGCGGACCAGGUAAUAGGCGACCUGCUUAAACGUGUUCCACUUAUUGACGGCCACAAUGAUUUGGCUCACCAGAUAUUUGCGCGUAAGAAGAACAAAAUUAACGACCUCGACUUGCAAAAUUGGACCGAAGUUCACACUGACAUCAAAAGAAUGAAGCAGGGUGGUGUCGGAGCUCAGAUUUGGGCGGUGUAUGCUGGUUGUUCAACGCAGUACAGGGAUGCAGUGAGAGCCUGCUUGGAGCACCUGGACACCAUUCAACGUUUCGUUUACAAAUACCCCAACGAACUGCAGAUGGCCUACUCAAGCCAAGAAAUCACAGAAACGUUCAAGAAAGGAAAAAUUAGCAGCUUACUAGGAGUGGAGGGUGGUCAUUGUUUGGACAGCAGUCUGUCAGUUUUGCGAAUGUUGUACCAGCUGGGCACCAGGUAUAUGACCUUGACACACAACUGUGACACUCCCUGGGUGACGAACAAUUUGCGAGACCGCAAUGCCACCAACGUUGCAGGACUGACGCAGUUUGGAAAGGAUAUAAUCCGUGAGAUGAAUCGCCUAGGAAUGAUAGUUGACAUGUCACACGUUUCGAAGGCAGCCAUGGUGGAUGUCCUCGCGACUUCCGUGGCUCCUGUCAUCUUCAGCCAUUCAAACAGCUACAAACUUGCUCCUCACACCAGGAACGUUCAAGACGAUGUUCUACUCUUGCUGAAAAAGAACAAAGGUCUCAUAAUGAUAACCUUCCCGAGUUCUUUCCUCGAUGUUUCUGGAGAAGCAUCAAUAUCGAGCGUGGCUGACCACCUCGAGUACAUAUACAAGCUGAUCGGAAUAGACCACGUUGGCAUUGGUUCGGAUUACGAUGGCACGCCCAGUCUGCCAGUGGGAUUGGAGGACGUCUCAAAGUUUCCUGACCUGCUGAAGUAUCUCUACGUCAACAGGGAGUGGACGGUCACCAUGCUCGAAAAGUUGAUUGGUCAAAAUUUCUUGCGCGUUUUCCAGGACGUAGAGAGGGUUAGCAAGUCCUUGAAAGGAAUGAUGCCGCUGGAGGACAGGUUGCCUCAGUCUCAGUUGGUCAACACGACAUGCAGAUCUGCUGAAUAUUAAUAACACACAUCCACACACCACACGUCAAAAUACACGCCACACACACACACACACACACACACACACACACACACACACAAGCACAUCACACUUACCAUACAUCUUUGAAUGAGCAUGUUGGACAAAGAUGUUUUUAUUUCAUAUUUAAUUUUUUUUCAAAUCAAAACCGUUAACUACAAUAAUGUAAUAUACAAAAUUUUAAGCAGC